AUGGAUGAUGAUGUUGAUGAUGGUGAUGAUGAUGGUAAUGAUGCUGCUGCUGAUGAGAAUGAUUAUGUUGAUGAUGAUGAUGAUGAUGAUGUUAAUGAUGGUGAUGUACCAGAGUACCAGGGAGAACCAGAUGACAUCUCCAGAGCCAAGGCAAGGGAGGCAGCAAAACAGAUCCAGGGCCCCUGUGUAGUAGAAGACACAUGUUUAUGUUUUAAUGCACUAGGAGGACUUCCUGGUCCAUACAUAAAAUGGUUCCUGGAAAAGCUUGGACCAGAGGGCCUGUACCGUAUGCUGACAGGGUGGGAGGAUAAGUCAGCCUAUGCCAUGUGCACCAUGGCAUUCUCUCCUGGUAAACCUGAAGACGAUGUGCUGCUGUUUAAAGGCAUUGCACCGGGUAAAAUUGUGGAUCCUCGAGGUUCAAGAGACUUCGGCUGGGAUCCCUGCUUUCAGCCAGAUGGGUUUGAGAAAACUUACGGUGAGAUGACAAAAGAGGAAAAGCACGGGAUCUCCCACCGGGGGCGGGCGGUACGAGCCAUGCAGGAGUACUUCCUUAAACAAGCGGAACAGAACAGCUGAUGGCAUGGGUCACUGUAGUACUACUGGCUACCUAGUAAAUCUGUGAUUCUGGUGUUGAAGUAUC